CUUCAACCCCCACUCCCUCUCUCUCUCUCUCUCUAGAAUAUGUCUGAAAUCUGAAGAUUAAAUGAUUAUAUUCAAUGUUCGCUGCUGACCCCUCUUUCAUACGCAACUUCUGUAGAAAUAUUUCGUGAAUUUAAUCUCGUGUCCCCGAAAUCUUACCAGAAAAUCAUUCAAUCUUCAGACUGGAUAAGACGACGAUGAAAGCUUCAGGAAGAGGGAGCUAUGGCGGAAUUAUCGCUGCUCUACUAUUCGUCGUCUUCUUCGCCGCGGCGGCGGGGCAGCAGGAUUCGCCGCCGGCCAACAACCCGCAGUACGCGCGGUUCAGUCCGUCGAUGGCGGUGAUCGUGGUGGUUCUGAUAUCGGCGUUAUUUUUUAUGGGUUUCUUCUCCAUCUACAUCCGCCACUGCUCCGAUAACUCCGGCGCCGCCGGCAGCAUCGGCCGGGCGAUCUCGCUGCGCGCGCGGCGGGCCGCCGCCUCCCGCGGCCUCGACGCGGCUGUCCUCGAGACUUUUCCGACGUUUCCGUACGCCGAGGUGAAGGACCACAAGAUCGGCAAGGGCGGCGCCGAGUGCGCCGUCUGCCUCAACGAGUUCGAAGACGACGAGACUCUCCGGCUGCUCCCCACGUGCGAUCACGUGUUCCACGCCGAGUGUAUCGACGCCUGGCUCGACUCGCACGUGACCUGCCCGGUCUGCCGCGCCAAUUUGGUUCCCGCCGCCGACGGCGACGGCGUCGCCGGCGACAAUCAGACUCCGGCAGCCGCGGAGAUUGGACGGAUUAACGAGGAAGUCGUCAUCGAAGUACCGGAACUUGAUCAACAAUCAAUCGGACCGGCGGCGAACCGGAGUUCAGAAAACCCGACUCGGCCGCCGAGGUCGCGGUCCAUAUCCCGGCCGAAGGUGUCCCCCCUGGCGAAGUACCGGUCGCACUCUACCGGGCACGACUCGCUCGUUCAGCCGGUGGAGACGCUCGACCGGUUCACUCUGCGGCUGCCGGCGCAGGUGAAGAAGGAGGUGAUCGACCGGGCUAUGUUGAACCGGACCAGAAGUAUGGCGGUUACCGGUCUGCCAAGGGAGGGUAGUUCCCGGAGGGGAUACAGACCGGGCGGAGGGGAAGGGAGCAGCCGCGCCGGAAGGUCGUUCCGGUGGAUGGAGCUCCGGGACGGGGAAGCCCGGUCGGACCGGUGGGAUUUCUUCACCAGAAUGCUGUCGAUGAAAUCGCCGAGAGUUGCGACGGAAGCCGGCGAGGUUUCGAACUCGAAGAGAGGCAGUAGCAAGCCGCCGGUAAAGAUGCCGUCGUUUAAGUGCUUGGAGCCUAAGGCCGACGACGGCGACGAAGCGCAUCUGUUCUCCGGCGAGUCAGGGCGGCCGCCUGUUUGACUGGUCAAAGAUAGGGAUUUUGACUUUUCCACAGGGAUUGGACUGUGAGAUUAAUUUUUGGUUCUAAAUUUAUUCUAUAUUUAAUUUGUGAUGUAAAUUUUCAUGGUUGAAAUUGCUCUGUAUUAUAAGGUUCCUUUACAUAUCCGUUACAGACAGUGCUAAAUAAUAAUACUGGACUAGUAUUUUAUGUUGCCA